AUUGCUACGAAAGGUGAAAAUCACAGCACGAGACAUGCAAUGAAGGAAGCUAAUGAACUGAAAAACAGUUAUAAGAAAAUGAUACCGUAUGAUUAUAACCGUGUAGUUUUGGAGGCACUUCCCGGAGUUCCUGAUUCUGAUUAUAUCAACGCGUCUUUCAUCGAUGGCAUUUUGAAACCAAAUGCGUACAUCGCUACACAAGGUCCAAACGAGCAUACGAUAUCAGAUUUCUGGAGAGCCGUUUGGGAACAAAAGUCACACGUCAUCGUCAUGCUCACCAAAGUCUUUGACUUCAUCAGGGUAGGUGAAUUUUU